AAACGAUCACAAGCGGACCUUCAGUGAGGCACGUGUUUGUGGAGCGUCCGGCUGAACCGGUCUCAGUGAUAUAUCGCGAGCCGAGCGAGGUGUUCGCACGCAGCCAUGUCGCCCAAGCUGUUCACCCGCAAGCAAAUAGAGGAGCGGGACCGCAAAGACAACGCGGCCAUCAUCAUCGACAACGUGGUCUACGAUGUCACCGAUUUUUUGGAAGACCACCCUGGCGGUAUAGAAGUUCUGCUCAAUAACGCGGGUAGAGACGCUUCGAGGUGCUUCCACGACGUCGGACACAGUGAAGACGCCAAAGCCUGGAGGGAGCAGUUUAAAAUUGGUGAAAUUGUCGAGGAAGAAAAAUGGGAGGUCAUAUCCCAAGAAACGAACCUGGUUCAGAGUGCCGACGAGCUCACCUGGAGCGGCCUGCUGGACGUGUGGGGCCCGCCUCUCGCGCUCGCCUUCUUCGCCACGCUAGCGUACAUGUAUCUAUUGUAAUUACUUAGAAGAUUUUCACGAAGGAGUAGAUUAAUUGGAAAGGUUCUUCUCUUAAAAUUGCUCAAUAAAUAAAUAAUUUAUAAGAAUGCAAUGACGUCAAUGCAAAUAGAUUGAUUGUUCGACGAAACUAUAUAAAUAAGGAAAAAAAAGAAGUGGUGUAAUGAGCAGUGAACGUGCAAUAUCAGUCCGAAGUUAUAUUCUACUAUUUAACUCUUAGGUAUUCCACACGACGUGAGUACUGACUGACAAUUAUUUUGUAGCUAAUAUUAUGUUUCAACAAGUCUGUGAUGGGUGCUCAAUACUAUAAUGUGAAUAUUAUGGUAAUUUAAUAUAUUAACAUGUUUUGGUUAGAAGCCGUCCAUAAAUUCUAAUCAAAAUAAUAAUCAUAUGAAAUACACUGCAAAAGAAGUUAAACUAGGAAA